AUGACGACCAACGUCGCUCUCGAGACCUCAAUGAUGACGCCCAACGGCCCCCCCGAGACCUCAAUGGGCACAAUAAUCCUAGAACUCUACACCGCCCACGCGCCCAAAACCUGCACAAACUUUGCGACACUCGCAAAAAGAGGCUACUACAACGCCACAAUCAUCCACCGCAUCAUCCCAAACUUCAUGAUCCAAGCCGGCGACCCGACCGGCACCGGCCGCGGCGGCACCUCCAUCUACGGCGAGAAAUUCGCAGACGAGAUACACCCGGCCCUCAAACACACCGGCGCCGGCGUUCUCUCCAUGGCCAAUGCCGGCCCGGACACAAACGGCUCCCAGUUCUUCAUCACCUUGGCCCCCACCCCCUGGCUCGACGGCAAGCACACCAUCUUUGGACGCGUAAAGAGCGGGUUGAGCGUCGUCAAGAGAAUGGGGCUCGUCAAGACGGGGCCCGAAGACCGGCCGCUUGAGGAGGUCAAGAUUAUCAAGGCCUCUGUCGUUGAGGAGGCUGGUGACGAGGAGUGA